CUAAGCUCAGGGUUGCAGCACCACAUCCUUUUUUUUUCUUUCCAUAACCAACACAACAGACGAAAAUCCAUCAGUUCAUUCAUUCAUUCCGUUGUUUUUCAUUUUUUCGCGUUUGUUUUUUCCCCCCGUUUUUCUUCCCCAAAUUUAGCCGGUUUGCAUGCAUUGUUCGUCUCCAAAAAUGGUUUGCGAGACUGAAAUCGUUGCAGACGAACACGAGUCCAUACCGGGGGCAGAGCGCGAGCCUCUCGCCGCCUCUCCCGCGCGCAUGUGGCCGCCCAGUCCCGGUAAAGGCGCGAGACGCGAUCAGGUUUUCAUCCGCGAGUUCGAGCGCGGGGACCACGCGGAGGUGCGGCGCAUUUUCUACGAGGGGAUCAUGGAGCGGAUACCAAACACUGCUUUCCGGGGGCUCAGACAGCAGCCACACACUCAGCUCCUCUACGCAGUGCUGACAGUAAUGUGCUUUGUUAUGACCAAGUCCAUCAUGCUGACAUGCUGCACGCCGCUCAUUCUAAUGGGAGCACGCUAUUACUAUAGCAGAACAAUCAUCCUCAACUACCUGGACUACGCACUCCACACAGAUAUGGCUGAUAUUGAGGCAUACUACAUGAAACCAACAGGUUCUUGUUUUUGGGUUGCGGUUCUGGAAGGCCAGGUGGUGGGCAUUGUAGCGGCACAGGGACGAGAAGAAGACAACACUGUGGAGCUGCGGCGCAUGUCUGUGGACUCUCGUUUCCGUGGGAAAGGCAUUGCAAAGGCACUGGGCCGGAGGGUGCUGGAGUUUGCCAUGCUCAACAACUACUCAGCUGUGGUUCUGGGAACGACAGCAGUCAAGAUGGCCGCCCACAAGCUGUACGAAUCGCUGGGUUUCCAGAGGGUGGGCGAGAGCGAGGACUACACCCUGCCCGGAAUGAGCCGCUCAUUCUUCGAGAGGCUCUUCUUCCAGAUCCGUUACAGCCGCUAUCGGCUACAGCUCCACGAAGAGUGAGAGAAUGUGAGAGUGAACGAAAGCAUGAACAAAAGCGUGAAUGUGAGAACGCAUGUGAGAGUAUAAACACCGACAACAACCCUCUAAAUCACCUAAACCCAACCCACUCCUUCUAAACCAACUUAUUUAUUAUUUUUUUAAGAGGUCAUAAGUGUUCUUUCUACCACUACUCCUAUUCAUUCUUAAACUGCUUUUUUUAGUUGAUGUUUUUGGAAUUUAGCUAAUGUUUCUUUAUUAUAGUCAUUCUUUUUACCUUUAUCGUUUUCCCACAAAAACAUAGUGUCAAUAAUUGAUCAUCCCAGCUAGUUUAAAU